UGUCGUCGCUAUCUUGAGUGCUUUAAAUCUGUUGUUUACAAAUAUUAUUGGGUUAUUUGUUGUGCUUACUGACAUGGGUCCUGAAGAUUUGCUACAUAUUUCUUCCAGAGUCAUGGAAAGCAUCUCACUUUAAAACACUACAGAUGCUGUGGUGGGUGUUGGUGGUGAUAUGUUUGCUAGAUUCUACACAUGCAUGCCUACGGGAACCUAGAGAAGAACAUUCCACUGCAUUGAGGAGUCCUGGUGACAAUGGGUUCCAUAUACAAGUGAGUGGUGAACCAGAGCGCUAUGUACCUGGAGCGGUGUAUACACUGUCAAUUUUGGGGUCACGAACUCAUGGCCACCUGCAACAGUUCACCCGUUUCAUGCUGGGUGUAGAACCUAUUGAUCCUCACCAAGGUGUUGUGCCAGGAUCAGAUGCCUCCCCUCAGCGUGUUGGCAGUUUUCAGCUCUUUGGAGACUCACUCACUACUUUUAAUGAUCACUGUAUCAACACCAUCUCAGAAGCUGAUGAUCUGCCCAAAACGGAGAUACAGGUUAUGUGGAUAGCACCACCAAAGGGAUCUGGCUGCAUUAUUUUCAGAGCCAUGGUACUGGAAGAUGCAGACAACUGGUAUGCAGAAGAUGGGGCCCUCAGUCGACAGCUGUGUGAACUUUUUGAGCCAGAUAAUGGAAAGAAAGGAAAAGAUGAGGAGUGCUGUGCUUGUGAUGAGGCAAAGUACCAGCUGAUAUUCGAAGGUUUAUGGUCAAACCAGACACAUCCAAAAGACUUCCCAUUCUCACUGUGGCUGACUCACUUCAGUGAUGUGAUUGGAGCAUCACACGAACGCAAUUAUUCUUUCUGGGGUGAGGGCCAGUUAGCUUCCGAUGGUCUCCGCCAGGUGGCAGAGUGGGGCUCUGUGCGAAUAAUGGAGGCUGAAUUAAGAGCACAGAGUAAGCACCUCCGCACCCUCAUCAAAGCAGCUGGAUUGUGGUAUCCACGAGUGAACACCAACACUACAUCCACAUUCAAGGUGGACCAGCGCCAUCCUUUGGUGUCAGCCGUUUCUAUGUUAGGUCCAACUCCAGACUGGAUUGUUGGGGUGUCAGGAUUGAACUUGUGUAACAGGGACUGUACGUGGGCAGAACAGAAAAUUAUUGACCUGUAUCCCUGGGAUGCUGGCACAGACAGUGGAAUAACUUAUAUGUCGCCUAACAGUCCUACCAUCCCACAGGAGAAGAUACAUCGUAUCACUACCCUGUAUCCAGAGGAUCCCAGAGCUCCCUUCUAUGAUCCAACAGGGAAGCAGAUGUUGCCCUUAGCUCGCCUGUACUUGAACAGAGAUUCUGUGAUUCAGAGGAGUUGUGAUGAACAGAGUCUAGACAGGAUUCUGGAAGAAGCCGUGCAGGUUGCAGAAAAUACAGAGGACACCUCCAGGCCGGAGUGCGGUGUCACAGAAUAUUCAGAGUGGAGUAUAUGCUCAGUGACAUGUGGCAAGGGACUGAGAAUGCGGCAACGUGCAUACUUGAAUCAAGGAAAGGCAGAGAUGCUGGGAUGUGACAGACAGCUCGUAUCCAAGGAGAUGUGUGUUGCUGACAUGCCAGAGUGUUCUGGAGGUCCUAUAGAUGAGGGUGAUCAAGAGCUUCUGGAGGGCAAUGAUGGGAUUUGCACCACCACACCUUGGGGGCCAUGGUCAGAGUGUUCUGUCACUUGUGGCGUGGGCACUACUACACGUACCAGGAGAUUUGUAGAUCGAUUUGGUCGCAAGAAAUGUCCCCAUGUAUCUGUUAUAGAGCGGGAGAAAUGCAUGCAACCAGCAUGUACUGGAGAUGAUGCAAAGCAGGAAAUUGCAGAUCCCAUGUGUCCUGUGACAGACUGGAGCGACUGGAGUCCGUGCAGUGCUUCCUGUGGGAAGGGUGUGAAGCUGCGAACACGCCUGCUGCUGGUUGCACCGGAAUUGCAGGAGAAGUGUAGCACACGAGUGGAAAUAGUGCAACAGAGACACUGUGUCGUACAAGAGGAUUGCACCUUUGACAUGUCCAUUGCUAAACAAGUGUGCAUGAUGGAGCAGGAAGUUGGCCCAUGCCGAGGUUAUUUUGAGCGCUGGUAUUUUGAACCCAGAAAGGGGAUGUGUGUGCCAUUUGGUUACGGUGGUUGCCGAGGGAACCGCAAUAACUUCCUCACAGCUAAGGAAUGUAAUGAUGCCUGUGCAGUUAUCAGAGAUCAGCUAUUCCAGCAAGGGCUUCCUCAGCAGAAGGAGCAGGGCAUUAAUGUUGUGCCAGGAGCAGCAGUGUCCCCUGUUGACUGCAUGGUCAGUGACUGGAGCGUGUGGACCGACUGUAGUGUCACAUGUGGCACUGGUAUCAGGGAGCGGUUCCGCAUGAUCAAGGUAAAAGCUGAAAAUGGAGGCCGGCCUUGCCCCAAACGCUUGGUUCGAAGAAAGAAGUGUCAAAUGCGGCCUUGUGAAAUUUAAUGUUUUACAAUUUUUGGAACACAGCAUCCAGUUACAGCAUAAGAAGAAUUUUUAUAUCAGUAUCCCACUAUGCAGCAGACUGUUUCACAAAUGCUUCCAGAGAUUGGUGGACUUCAAACCAUUGUUUAUGGUGGUUUCAGGAUCCUUACAAAGCGGAGUAAAUGUAUUUUCAGUAAGCAUUACUGUUAUUUUGAAUGUUGCCCAAUAUCCUUAGCUUUCUCAGACACAGCCUUUUGUACUGAGUAAGUUGGCUAAACAGUAAUGCUUUCUAUUUGCUCAGUACUCUCUUUGAAUCUAAGUUAGGCAAUGAUUAUCCUGACUUUUCAGGGUAAUACUUUAAAUUA